GCAUAAAGUACACUCGUUUUGACUAAUACUAUUGUGGAUGGAUAUCUCCUUGACAGAACGAUGGACUCCCGCGUCGAAUCCACUGGGUCACAUACUAACUUGAAGCCCGUGGCCUACAUCUUCUCCGAAGACUUAGUGAAAACGGCUUCACUUCUACCUUCCAAUAGGAAUCGUUCUCUCCUUGUCUAUUCACUCAUCCACGCAUAUGGACUUCUGACAAUAUGCACUGAUCAGACGCCCCCGGGCCAACGAUUCUUGGUUGUGCGACCGCGGCCUGCUGGCGAGAAGGAGCUCCUGGCUUACCAUACUCAUGAUUAUCUCGAAUACGCUAUGGCUCAAUCAAGCGACGCCCAGAACCUGUCGAUAGCUUCUGAGUUUGGACUUGAAGAUGACUGCCCCGUGUUCCAUGGAAUCAAAAAUUAUAUAACACAAGUCGCGGGAGCUACCUUGACCGGAGCAGCGGUCAUUAGAAACAAUGUUUCUGAUGUAGCCAUCUGCUGGGAUGGCGGCAGACAUCACGCCAAGAAAGCACAGGCUUCGGGUUUUUGUUACGUAGCUGAUUGUGUGCUCGCUAUCCUCUUCCUCAAACGAACAGUACCUUCUACGCCUCCGGUGAAGAAACCACGCGUAAUGUAUCUUGACCUCGACCUCCAUUUUUCAGAUGCAGUGUCACAGGCUUUUCACAAGUCUGGUCCUAUGACUACGUCGCAAGUUCUUACGCUAUCUAUUCAUCACGCGGCCCCAGGCUUUUUCCCUGUUUCCCCCCUCGCUUCCCUUCCGAGCGUUGAUGAUCCGGCCUUCGAUCCUUUCACUUUAUCUGUGCCACUCAAAGCUGGUGCAUCCACCAAAACAUUCACCCGCAUUUGGCACAUCGUCGAGCGUGUCAAGGACAUUUUUCGGCCUGAUUUCGUAGUGGUCCAGUGUGGCGUAGAUGGCCUAGCAGGCGAUCCCAUGGCAACCUGGAACUGGUCCUUGGGGGGCGAAGGUUCGCUCGGCUGGUGUGUACAUCGCAUCGUUCACGAAUGGCAAGGAAAGAAACUGUUACUUGGUGGAGGUGGUUAUAACACGCCCAACGCUGCACGAGCCUGGACAUAUCUCACCUCUGUGGCGGGUGGGAUUCCACUUUCCCUGGACGCCGAUAUCCCCGAGUAUUCUGGCUACCUCCACUUUAAGCCAUCAUUUACGUUGGAUGUACCCGCUGGCAACAUGCAAGACCAGAACACGGAGGAGUAUUUCCAGAUAAUAGAAGGCACGUAUAAACACAUCCUAUCGGAAUUGCAAUCGCGGGUGGUUUCCCCAACACUCCAAGAAAUGGAUAUGGCAACUGAUCGUACUUAAACAUGCGUUUCACAUUUUGACACGACACACAAUACACACUUCAUUCUCCAUCUCGGGUGGCUUUCAAACUUGUCAUUGAUCCUCCGGUUGAUCCCGGAUCUCGUUUCGUGGAUUUCUUGUCAUUGGAAUAAUCGUGGCAUUGCAGGACUAGUCGACGUUGACUGCCAUAUCAGCGACAACUCUAGUGCAUUAGAUUAAAGUGGAUGAAUCCUUCAGAAUUUUCGGGAAACAUAUUGUGCGCACACUACUUACAGAGUGGUAAGACUAGACGCGGCUUAUGAGUACCUCGUCCCAUCCUCAGCAG